ACAUAAAAAUCUGUGUUAUUUAAUGGCAAAUGACCCGGAAAUGCACGGACUGAAAUAAACAUCACAAGAAAAUAAUUUGUUUCAGGGAAGAUAUUUCGUUAUUUUACAUUGAUCUCAAAACGUCUCGAUGUUUAUUUUAUCGACAGAGUUAAAAACAACAUAAAUUGUUAACAUAUUAUGUAAUGUCACCUUUGUCAUAUCGUUAAUUUCAAUCCAUGUUCAUCUCCCCGUAAAAAAAGCCGCUGAAUUUAAGGAAACUGGGGGAAAGAGGCAUAUAAAUAGAGGACAGGUUCCCUCAAUUGAUACAUCGCCCACAGAAACAGGACAGGAUGAUGUUGAAACUUGCAGUCCUUCUAGCUUUAGCUGUUUAUGCACAAGCUUCCUUUAAGGGAGGCCAUGGUGGUGGCGGUUUUGGAGGAGGAGGACUCGGAGGUUUGGGUGGAGGCGCCUUAAGUGGAGGCCUCGGAGGUUUGGGAGGAGGAGUCGGUGGGUUGGGUGGAUCCGGAGGAAUAAGCUCAAGCGGAUUCAGUUCCAGUAGCUUUGUAAGUGGAGGAAGCGGAUUGGGAGGAGGACUAGGUGGUAUAGGAGGAGGACUAGGUGGUAUUGGAGGAGGAUUAGGCGGCUAUGGAGGAGGAAUUGGAGGAGGACUUGGCGGGAUUGGAGGAGGAUUAAGCGGUAUUGGAGGAGGUCUAGGAGGAGGACUGGGAGGAGGAUUAGGAGGUUACUACCCAAGCGGAGGAUAUUAUUUCUACUAUUAUAUUCAAUACAUCAUCUACUUGUUAAGAAUUUUGGGAUCAAGUUUCCCAUAUGGAGGUUAUGGCGGUGGCCUAGGCGGAAUCAGUGGUGGUCUAGGCGGAAUAGGCGGUGGUCUUGGCGGAAUCGGUGGUGGUCUAGGCGGAAUAGGCGGUGGUCUAGGCGGAAUCGGCGGUGGUCUAGGCGGAAUCGGCGGCGGUUUGGGUGGUAUCGGAGGCGGCCUUGGCGGUAUCGGUGGCGGUCUUGGUGGUAUCGGUGGCGGUGUUGGUGGUAUUGGAGGUGGAUUAGGAGGAAAGAAGUAUUAUUAAACAGGAAAGUCAACCGACGCCCGAAAACGACGCCCAUCAUCGAAUCAUCGUAGACUGGUGUAUGUGUAUAUGUAUAUAAAAAUAAAUUCUCUGCAAGCUCUA